GGAGCCUUGUGGCCGAGGGAGAGAGAACAGAGAUGGUGGCGCUUUGCGGGGGAGUUGGCGGCCUACAGGUUGUACAGGGCGGCGAGUUGGGUGGCGGCGCCAUUGGUUCAUAUGCUCUUCUACUGCAGGAGGAUGCAGGGCUUGGAGCAUCCGACCAGAUGGCCCGAGCGAUUUGGUCGCCCUUCCUGCCCCCGACCUCCAGGCGAAGGAUUGGCUGCUCUCCCUCUCAUCACGCACUGCUUCCAGCACCACCCUGAUUAUCAUGUCUUGCUGACAACCACCACCACCGCCUCUUUCCAAGUUAUCAAGGAUCAGCUCCCUGAAGGAGUUAUAUAUCAGUUUUUCCCUCUUGAUAUUCCCUAUGUGAUUGAUCGGUUUCUAGGAUACUGGAGUCCAUUCGCAUUAGUUCUUAUGGAAAGUGAACUCUGGCCCAACCUCAUCAUAUCUGCGUCAGCAAAAGGAAUCGCAGUGACCAUGGUAAAUGCCCGAAUGUCAGUAAGAUCCUUUAAUAAUUGGUUGAGGCCAUUGGCGAGACCGUUAAUUUCAUUUAUGCUGUCAAACUUAGCACUAAUUGCCCCAUUGAGUACAGCAGAGGCUGUCAGAUUUCAACUGCUACAAGCCUCACCAUACAUCAUCAAUUUUGCCGGCGACUUAAAAUAUGCUGUUGGGAAUUUCAACAUCCCUGCAAAAGCUAUAAUGGAAAUAGAAGAUCUGCAGAAACAAUUUUGUGGUAGACCAGUCUGGAUGGCUGCAUCCAUACACAAGUGUGAACAAGGAGUCGUGCUUUGGGUCCAUGAAGAACUAAUGAGAGUGUACCCUGACUUGCUUACAAUCAUUGUGCCACGACAUCCCCAGCAUGGACAACAGAUGAUACAAGAACUCAAAAGCCAAGGAAUUAAUGUUGCCUUGAGGUCUAAAAGUGAAACUAUUUUUCCCAGCACAAGUUUCUAUGUGGUUGAUACGUUAGGUGAAUUAAGGUCUAUGUAUAGAGCAACUCCAAUUGCUGUGAUUGGGGGUUCCUUUGCACCUAGUUUAGGUGGUCAUAAUAUUUCUGAGGCUGCUGCAGCUGGUUGUGCUGUUUUGACAGGUCCUCAUGUUGGACAUUUCUCUCAUAUGGUGAUGAAAUUACUACAAUCGGAUUCUUUUUCUGUACUACAGGUCGAAGGGAAGAGGGAGCUUACGGAAGCUGUGAGCCUGCUGCUUGGUGAUGCCGAAACUCUGAAGGCGAGGCAGAAUGCUGCGAGGAGAGCGUUUUCCUUGGUCUCAGAAGGAGUUAUCCAUGGUGUUUGGAAUCUAAUGGAUGCCCAUGUUUUAAAAAAGGGCUGUUGCUGAUUUCUUGUCUUCAAUGGUUCUUUUCUUUUUAAUGCUUAGAGUGGCAGGGCCUACAUUAUAAGGGCAGUGUUACUUCUUUCGGAGGAUUUACUUUCGAGUGUUGCUGAUGGUGAAACUGAGGUGUAUUGUUUAUUUAUUUUUCCUUUACCUUAAAAGAGCAUGAAGCAAUUUGGCCUUAGUUUUCCAGCCCA